AUGCACGGCAGAGUAAAGGUUCGAACUACUGAAGAAGAAAAACUUAGGAAAGAAAAGGAAAGGCAAGAAAAGCUUAAAGUUUUUAAAAAUGUUAUGCAAAAGAUUCAUCAUAAGAGACAACAACAUGAGUAUGAUAAAGAGUUGUUGGAGCUUACUGGCAAAGUGUUAGUGUCCAAUCCUGAUAUUUACACACUAUGGAAUAUCCGCAGAGAAAUAUUAGAACAGAUAAGAAAAAGUAAAAGUGAUGAAGAGGAGUUAACUAAACUUUUUAAUGAUGAAUUAGGUGUCACAGAAUAUUGUUUGAAAAUUAAUCCUAAAUCGUACUGUGCGUGGCAUCAAAGAGAAUGGGUUUUAACAACUAGAUCAGAUCCAGACUGGAAAAAGGAACUUAAUUUAUGUAACACAUAUCUUAAGUUGGAUGAAAGAAAUUUUCAUACCUGGGAUUAUCGCAGAUUUGUUGUGAGCCAGUGUAAGCCUCCGUUACAAGAUGAAUUUGACUUUACAACAGAGAAAUUACUUGAUAAUUUCUCGAAUUACUCCGCUUGGCAUUAUAGAAGUAAAAUGCUAUUACAAUUAUAUCCUGAUGUCGAAGGUGGUCGGCCAAUACAAGACAAACACCAUAAACAUGAAUUAAAGAUGGUACAAAAUGCAGCAUUUACUGAUCCUGAUGAUACUAGUGCAUGGUUUUAUCAGCGUUGGCUUUUGGGCGCUGUUAAAACUGUGACUAGUCUUGUAGUAUGUACGGUAACACAAAUGAAAACAACUGUUGCAUUCAGCAAGCAAGUUUCUCACAAUUAUGUUCAAUCAAAAACAAGAAUAUUUUUUGAUAAUGUUGCCAUAAAUGGUGAUUGGAUUUCUUGUAAUGGAAACAAUCAUGAUUGUCUGUGGAUUUUUAAACACAAUGUAACCAUAAAUGAUGAUAUCGAUGUCAAGGUAGAAUAUGAAGAUGAGUAUGAAGGACACUAUGUUCUUAAAUGCGUAAAAUAUAAACCUUUUAUUUACAUUGGUAAGAGUGAAAUUUGUUUUCAAAACAAAUAUUCUCAGCCCGUUAUUGAAGAACUAAAUGAGCAACUUGAAUCAUGUCGCCAAUUGCUUCUUUUGGAACCAGACAACAAAUGGACACUUCUAACUACUACUGUAUUCUUACAUUGUAUUAACGCUAAAUUGUAUCAUAAUGAAGCAAUAGUCAAUAUAAAAAAUUUAAAAAAUCUGGAUGAACAAAGAGCUGGAUACUAUAAUGACUUGAUAUCCAAGUGGAACAUAGAGAACCAGUUGCCAUUAGAUUAUGAAUAUGAAAAUCUUGUAUUCAGACCAUCAUUUUCUGAUAAAUUAACAAGUUUACCUCAUUUGCAAUAUUACAGUUUUUGUGAAAUUAUUGAUUUAUCUAAUCAAUACUUAAGUUCGAACAUACUGCCUUCUUUGAAAUAUCUACAACACUGUAAGAUAUUAAUUUUAAGAAACAACAAACUACACACAUUAAAAGGUUUUCCAAGUAUUGAAUUAGAAAAAUUGGACAUUCAAGGUAAUGAAGACAUCAGUGAAGAAGAACUAGAAAAUUUUAAAAAGAAUCAUGACUUUAUCACUAUAUUUAAUUAA